GCGUUGGGUAUCGUGUUGACAGGAAAAGUUUCAAGGCUGAUGUUACGUAUAAAACGCCAACUAUGUUCCCUUGAUCUCAGUCUGUUAUGUAUGCUGAUCAAUAGUGCCCGCCCAGAGUGAAAAAGUUCGGUUGCUUCGACUUUCAGUGUCCACUUCUCAAACUUCAAGCUUUAAUCACCGAUUCUCUCAACAUAACAUCGCAAAGAUGGCGGUCCACUGGGGCGGCGUUGUCGGCAUGGUCGUAUUCUAUCUCGUCAUCCUGGUCAUUGGGCUAUGGGCCUCACGGAAGACCAAGGGAGGGGACAAGGCAGAGAAUGUGAUGGUGGCCAAUCGGGACAUUGGCUGGUUUGUCGGUUUCUUCACGCUGGUUGCAACCUGGAUAGGAGGUGGUUUCAUCAAUGGAACAGCUGAAGUAGUCUUUACACCAGGCAGAGGUGUUCUGUGGGCACAAGCUCCCCUUGGAUACAGUCUGAGCUUUGUCGUCAACGGUCUCUUCUUUGCAAAGAAGAUGAGAGCAGCAGAAUACGUCACAAUGAUUGACCCCUUCCAGAUAAAAUAUGGACCUCGUUUUGGAGGAAUAUUGUUCCUAGUCGCGCUCCUUGGGGAGGUACUUUGGUGUGCCACCGUACUCGCAGCACUGGGUUCAACAAUCGCUGUUAUCCUGGAACUCGACCAGAAUUUAGCUGUUAUCAUAUCAGCCUGUAUCGCCGCGGUCUAUACCUUCAUUGGAGGUCUCUACUCGGUAGCUUACACUGACAUCGUACAACUCGUGCUCAUGUUCAUCGGUCUUUGGUUAUCAAUACCGUUUGCUAUGACCAAUGAAGCUGUGGCGCCCCUGUCUGAAACCAAAUUUGAGUGGCUCGGAGAAUGGGAUACCGACAUGCUUGGAGUAUGGCUAGAUAAGUGGAUGCUACUGAUAUUUGGCGGCGUGCCAUGGCAGGCCUACUACCAGCGAGCCCUUGCAGCCAAGACCCCGAGACUUGCCGCCAACUUGUCGUUCGCUGCUUUCUUUGGAUGCAUCGUGAUGUCCGUCCCUGCCUAUAUCUUGGGUGCAGUCGGUGCAAGCACUGACUGGGAGAUGACGGGCCUCAACUUAAACAAGACCGACCCGUACGAGACGCCCAGCAUGGUCCUUCCUCUCAUUAUUCAGUACCUGACCCCUCCCGUGGUCGCUUUCAUGGGACUGGGCGCUGUUUCAGCAGCGGUCAUGUCAUCGACCGAUUCGUCGGUCCUUUCCUCCAGCUCCAUGUUCGUAAGGAAUAUCUAUUCCAACAUCUUCCGACCAAAGGCUUCUGAUAAGGAACUGAUUUGGGUGUUGCGAGUGACCAUCUUAGUUGUUACUGGACUCGCGACACUUCUAGCCCUGACACUCAGCUCCAUCUACACUCUCUUCGUUCUCUGUUCCGACCUCGUAUUCGUCCUCCUCUUCCCUCAGCUGAUCUGCGUCAUUCACGUGCCCAAGGCGAACACCUACGGCCUCAUCCCCGGGCUCAUCAUCGGCCUCAUUCUCCGCCUCGGCGGUGGUGAGAAGGCAAUCAGCCUCCCGCCUUUCAUUUAUUACCCUUUCUACGACGAGGAAAAAGGUCAGCUCUUCCCUUUCCGAACACUGGCCAUGAUGUGUUCGCUGAUCACGACCAUCGCCGUAUCCUAUGGCGUCUGGCUGGUCUUCAAGAGGGGCUACCUCAGCAAGAAGUGGGAUGUACUGAACCGCUUUCAUGACGAAAACCACAAUACUGAGGAGGCAAAGAAGCUCAAUACCAAAUACGAAUUGCAGGAAAACUUAUAAUUGAUAUUAGACUAGCGGUUUUUAACCUUUUCUUUGUCACAGCACCAUAGUUUCGCGUCACCCCAAUCAAAAAUUCAUCACAUAAUAUUCAUUUUGCAUCACUCUAUAGCACUCAUCAAGUGUCAUGUACAUAAGUAUGGGCACUAGAAUGGAGAAAAAUGUUGAUAUCAGCACACUAGAAAAGAUAAAAGUAUGCGGGCACCUCGCCCCCGAAAGUACUUGAGUAUAAAAUCACAUAUUGAUCAUGACCUCGAUACAUGAAUAUGAGAAUAUGGGUUCUCGGGCACCUACCCCCUGGACAUCCAUCCCCGAAUAACCACCCCAGUCAAUUACUUCCUAUAACUACUACCCCCUAGGACAA